GCAGUGUCAAAAUCAAAAUUAGCCUAAACCAAAAAUUGAGAAACAAAAUUAUUUGGAGGAAUAAACGUCGUUCUUUCUCUCUCUGUCUCAGCCUGGUUCGGGAAAGGCUUUUCACAGGCCACAAAGCGAGGGUUUUCUUUCAAAGAGAGCGAGAUAAACAAAACCCUCCAAAACGGGAAAAACACUGUUUCCACGGGGAGGGAAAAGCUCAAAACGAAAGAGUCGAAAACUUGAGAGCGGUUUUGUUAUUUUUGAUUUCGAGUGACAAAAAAGGUGCGGUGUCGUCUCUUUAUUGGAGCUCAGUUUCAGAGCUAGGGUUUCGUUUUUCGUUGUCUCCUUUGAAGGGUUUAGAUGAAGGUUUCUUUUUAGAUUUCACCUUGAAGCUUUGCCUCUUGUUCUAAAUGGAACAAAAGAUGUCAGUAUAUUACAAAGUUCUCUUUGUUUAGUGAUUUUGCAUCUGAAGCACCAUGACGCUGGAAGAUUUUUUUACACUGACUGAGAUGAAAGAUGGACUCACAGUUCCUUCACGAAUUGAGGAGCUAAUAACUGUAAUGAAGAAGGAUAAAGAAUCUGUUGUUAAAAAUGUCAGUGAUGUGACCAGGCAAUGGACUGCUGUUGCGAGCACAAUUGUGGCCACCGAGAAUAAAGAUUGUCUUGAUCUUUUUAUUCAACUAGACGGACUUUUGUUUCUUGACAGAUGGCUGAAGGAUGCUCAGGAAUUUGGUAAUGACUCAAGUGAUAGUGUUGUGGAAGAAUCAAUUGCUGCACUCUUACGAGCACUUGAAAAGUUGCAUAGAAAUAGGGAGGUGUCUAUUUCUUCUGAAAUCUGGACUACAGUCGAGAGUCUUCUUGGCCACAAUAGCUCUCGAGUUCAGGAUAGUGCUAAGUUGCUCUUUGAUAGCUGGAAACAAGGUAAAGUUACUGGUCACGUUGAUAGUGGUGGGCAUGAUUAUGAGAUUUCAGAGACUGCUAUGGUUGCUGGAGAAAAUAAUGGGCCACAAUGUUCUGCCAAAGAUAUUCCUGUUUCAAGAGGAAGUUCCCAUGAGGAAAAUGAUGGAGCAGAUGCUGCAAAAAGUGAAAACAUUUCUUCAAGUCUAGAUGGUGUUCAACCAGAAAGCACUAAAGAUUUACCCAUUGACUCUACUAAUGAUAAGCUCCAGCCCCACAUAAAUUCAGACCAUUCAGAAACAGAAAACAGAUCUCCAUGUGAUGUGGCCUCCCCUUCUGUGUCAAAUCCGGUUCAAGAGAAUUUUCCCAAGAAGGAAGAACUCCCUGCAAAAGCUGUGGAAGAAACUGCUUCCCAUGAAACCUGCAGUUUACCAGAUUCAAAGCAAGAAAAUAUUGAAGUUUCAGAUUCUCAGAAGUUGUCAUCAAGUGAUGAAAAGUUGUUUGAUGUGACAGUUUCGAACUCUAGGACUGUGGAUCAUUCUGGUGUUGGAAGUGCUCUGGAGGUUACAAUAGAACCCAAUUCCCAAAAUGAUUCUGAAGCCAAUAUGGGUCAUGCCCUAAAAUCUGUUGAUCUUAUUGAUGAGAAGACACAAGGAUCCGAGCCGAAGAAAUCAGUGGGUGAUUUGGCAGCAAUGAAUCAUUCCAGCAAUAGUUCACAGCUAUUCAAGAUUGCAGGCAAAGACAUUGAGUCUCAUUUGAGCAUGUUGCGGAGCUCUUCUGAGUAUGAGCUCGUGUAUAAAAAGCCUGGGAAUCUGGAGACUAGGUUUUCCAGGAAGUCAGAAAUUGGAACAGCAGAUAAAGAUAAGGAGAAUUGUGGACUUAAGGAUUUUAGGGGUGGUUCUAGGUUUACCGGUAGUCCUGUUGGGAUGCAUACGACAACAUCUGACAUUGAGCUUGAGUAUGGUAUAGUUGAUGCUCUAGAAGUUGCCCGAAUAGUUGCUCAAGAAGUGGAACGAGAAGUUGUAGACGACAGAGAGCAUUCCAGCUGCUCUUCAGAGAAGAUUUCAGAAGGUGGUAUUAGACAACCUGAUUCCCUAGGAUCAAUAAAUGGAAAGCAAAAUCUACCCAGCGAGGUAUUGCCAAAGGAGGUGUCAAGUGGACCCACUCAGUCUGCUGGAGCGCAAACUGAGGAUGAGGGGCUUAUAAAUUCAGAUGAUGCAAACAAUGAACCAAAAAAUGAGUUUCAUGACAUGGAGUCCUCUCAGGUGACUGUCGCUCAAGAUCCUGAGCCCAACACAGAGAAAAGUCUAUGUGAUUUUGAUCUGAACCAAGAAGUCUGUUCUGAUGAAAUGGAAUGUGCAGCAACUUCCAUCUCCACCCCCGUUUCAGUGGUUUCUGCUUCUAGGGCGGCUGCAGUGCGUAGUUUACCUGCCGCUCCUCUACACUUUGAGGGGACUCUUGGAUGGAAAGGAUCUGCUGCCACAAGUGCUUUUCGUCCAGCAUCAACUCGCCGAAACUCUGAUGGAUAUAAGACUCUAUCCCUUGGUGGAACAAGCAAUAGCUCAAAACAGAGGCUGGAUUGCCUUGAUUUAGAUCUUAAUGUUGCUGAGGCUGUUGAAGAACAUGGUGCUGGGCUAAUGUCCGGGAAACAGGUUACAGCCUCAUCAGGCCUCCAUUCUGAAUCUUCAAAAGAAAAUCAAAGAAAAUCAGAGAGAUUUGAGCUGGAUUUAAAUUGUAUCAGUGAUGAUGGUGAUGCUCCUGCUUUAUAUUCAAGAGUAGAGGAACAACUUUUUUAUGACAGGAAUGGCCAUCGUAGCCAAUCACCUGUUUCUUCAUCAUCACCAAGGCAGUCUUAUCUGAGGAAUUUCGACUUGAAUGACAGACCAUAUACUCACAAUAAUGCUUUAGAACAAGGGCCAUAUCCUGGUAGAUCUUCUCAAAAUGCUAUUGCCCAUGGUGGGCUUAAACCAAAUGAUCCUGUCAUUUCUAUAAUGGGUACUAGAGUGGAAGUUAAUAGGAAGGACUUUGUUUCUAAGUUUGUAUCGUUUCCAAAUGGCAAGGCUUUCGAGCAUGCUACUGAUGGAAGCAUCAAAAGAACUGCAGGGUUUAUGGGGUUGGUUCCCACUGCCUCAUAUACACAUUCUCCUGCUUUUGGUUCUAAUGGACUGCCUUUAGCACCAAAGAUGCCCUUCUCCUCUGCUAUUUAUGGGGCUAGUGGUUCAAUCCCAUGUAUUGUCGAUUCAGGUGCACCUGUUGUGCCUCAACUUAUGGGCUCUGCAUCAGCUGUUCCAAUAGCUUACUCUCAAGCACAGUUCAUGAUGGGCAUGAGCAACGCAGGUGCUGGUUUAAAUGGUUCAGUGCCCUCACGGCCUAAUUUCGAUCUGAAUUUUGGAUUAGCAAUUGAGGGAGGAAAUACGGAGCCCAUGGGUUUAAGGCAGCCUUUCAUGCCUGCUCAAGGUAGGUCAAUAGAAGAACAUUUGAGGGCAAACACACAAGCCUCCUCUAGUUCUGGGGUUGCUAUAAAAAGGAAGGAACCGGACGGUGGAUGGGAUCCACACACAUUUAACUACAGACAGCAGCAAUUCCCAUGGAAACAGUAAGUUCAUAUUUAUGUUUGUUCUUCGUAGGGGUCAUUUCACAAGUCCAAGUUAAUUGAUGCUUGCAUUGCCAAAGAUACCUGGAAAAUCAUAGCCCAUUGACUUUCAUAGGAGGGGAGUCGAACUGAAUAAAACGGGGAAGUUUAUGAAUGUAAUAUGAUCCAUGAGAUUGAAUUGCCAAAGGGGGAGAGAGUGGGGGGGGGAUUAGGUUUUAAUUGUUUUUGUUUUGCCUUAUUUUCUUAUUUUCAUUUUCUACGUUCCAUAGAAGGCCAUUGAAACCGCAGAAGGCUUGGUACAUGUAGGUGUAACUUAUUUUCCUUCUAUGUCACAGAAAGAUAAAAGAAACUGUGCUUUUCUUACCA